AUGGGUGGAGCAUGGGAUGGCAGCCGGCGGCGAAGGGCGUCGGGAGGUGUGCCCGUGUCAAUGGCGCUGUUCGGCUCCUGCUGUUGCUGCUGCCUUGUCUUAGCUCAAGUCGUCAGCGCAGAGAGGCCCCUCCGGUCAUUGGGAGAUUCCGCGGUGGCCGACGUUGUCAGGGAGGAGGUGGCGGUAGAGUCGUUCAUCACCCGCUUCGUCGAACCCUUGCUUCGCCUGUAUACUCAUGUUUGGCCGGUGAGGGCCCUCUCUCUCUCUCUCUCUCGCUCGCUCGCUCUGUGUACGGUUUCUCCGGGAUCUGCCUCUGAACCGAAGAGGUUAAACAGGACAUGGAGCUAGGUUGGAAGCUGGUGCUUGGCUCGCUCAUCGGCUUCCUAGGUGCUGCCUUGGGGAGCAUUGGUGGAGUCGGCGGCGGCGGGAUCUUCGUUCCAAUGUUCACACUCAUCAUUGGUUUCGACCCUAAGACGUCUACAGCACUCUCCAAAUGUACGAUUGUGGGAUCUUCGUUCUUCAUAAUCUCGCUUCGCGAGUGUUCUUUGUCUAAAGGUCUUCUUCCACAUUGGUAUGAAUUUUGCAGGUAUGAUCAUGGGGGCGGCGUGUUCCACUGUUUACUAUAACCUUAGGAUGCGGCACCCGACUCUAAAUCUGCCAGUGAUAGACUACGAUCUUGCCCUGCUCUUCCAACCCAUGCUCAUGCUGGGCAUCAGCAUCGGCGUCACCUUCAACGUUAUUUUCCCUGAUUGGGCCGUCACCGUCCUCCUCAUCAUCCUCUUCCUCGGUAAGUUCUUCCUUCAUAAUUCCCCAAUUCUUAUUUAGUUCUUACCAUUCAAUAAAACGAGAAGAAAGCGGAUCCUGAAAUUCAAUUGAUGAAUAAAAUGCUUUAGAGAAGAUCUGUACGUUUUCUCUGUUUAUAAUCCAUUGGAAAAUGCUAGGUACUUCAACGAGGGCAUUCUUCAAAGGCAUAGAGACCUGGAAGAAGGAGACCAUAAUGAAGAAGGCGAGGCCUCCACGCCUCUCCCUCACUCCCCUUCCUAUACUCUGGCUUGUCCUUGUCUGUUUUAUUUACUGGGUUUUAUUUCUUUGUGCGAACAGGAAGCGGCUCGUCUGUUGGAAGCAUCCCCGCAACCCAGUGGUAGAUCCCUCAGACCGGCGUAAUCUCUAAGAUUACUCCCUAGAUUAUCCUGCUUGAUUUUCCUUACAAAAAUUCCUAUUUGAUUUCUUCAUUUCAGACAGCCCUGCUCUGGGUUAUAGAUCUCUCUCGGGCGGCCCGAAUGCUAACAUGCAGAUGAAGUCCCAAUCAGAUGACAAGGUGGAUCUAAAAAAGUUUACCUGAACUCUUCGGUGAUUGUAUGGAGGAAAUGAUCUUUGCUUUGUCUUCUAGGCGUCCUUUGUGGAGAAUGUUCGAUGGAAAGAUUUCACACUGCUGCUGUUUGUGUGGGUCGCGUUCCUUGCGGUGCAGAUAGUUAAGGUGACAAUCAUUCGUGAGGAUUCACCGACUGUUAGAAACCUAAUUUGGUAUUCUUUCAUCGGAGCUGAAACACUUAAAAUAUACGGAUAUGCUUCUCGUCUUUAAUUGCUAACAGAUUAACAUGUAUGACCCAAUUAAUUUAUUUUAUGUCACAUCAGUGUGUGGUCAUAUUAUUCGACUGCACUACUUACUUUUAUUGUGUUUUAUGCAAAAAAUCUGGAGGUCAACUUUUAUGCUGAAGGAUGUGAAAAACCUUUUCUUUGAAAGAUUCAUUUACAUUAUACGAUCAAAUGUGUAUAGACUGUUAUUUAUCUUUAACACAACUGAAACACGGCUAUAGAAAUUAUUUUCUCUGGAAUCACCGUUUAUGCUUCCGCACAAUGUUAAGUUGCAUCAUUAUGAGUUAAACUAAUAUGUGCAGACAUUUGCCAAGACCUGCUCCACGGAAUACUGGAUUCUGAACGCACUUCAGGUUCGAAAGACACCCGCCUAUCUGUCAGUCAUGUAAAUCAGAAGGAUAUCAUCUAAAGAGAAUUGAUCCUACAGUCAAAAUGAGAUCACCCACAUCAUUUGUUGGCUAUCCGAGCAUUCCAUUAUUAGUUUGGGAUGGUAGUACUCACCGGAGGUCCAUUAAUUUUUCCCUACACAAAGGUACCGAUCGCCGCUGCUGUGACUCUCUACGAGGCCAUCAGCUUGUACAACGGGAAGAGGACCAUCUUGUCAAGGGGAAAGCUAGACAUGAGUUGGAAAGUACAUCAGUUCUUCCUCUAUUGCUUCUGUGGAAUACUGGCUGGAAUCGUGGGAGGCCUGCUUGGUCUUGGGGGAGGAUUCAUCUUGGGGCCUCUCUUCCUUGAGCUCGGUGUCCCCCCUCAGGUGAUGUCCCUUCCAAUCUCUUAAACAUGAAACACUAGACAUUUCAAAAUUUUCGCACCAGACUUACUCAAAUGGCUCCGUAUUAUUCACCGAAACAUGAGUCAGACCAACUGGAUGCUCAAUACUGAAAAUCCUGGAUGUUCUUCCGCCACAGGUUGCAAGUGCGACUUCAACAUUUGCCAUGGCAUUCUCAUCUUCCAUGUCUGUGAUUCAAUACUACCUGCUGGAUCGCUUCCCUUUACCAUAUGGUAAGAUCCUAAACACCCCUCCCAACCACGGAAAGCACCAAAAACUGUAUUCUAGAGACCCCAGAUUGAGUCCAACACAAACACCCGUCUCUGCUGCAGCCGCCUACUUCAUGUUCUUGGCCACGCUCGCCGCCUUCACCGGCCAGCACAUCGUACGGAAGCUGAUCAUGUUGCUGGGCAGAGCGUCACUGAUAAUCUUCGUCCUCUCGUUGAUCAUCUUCGUUAGCGCCAUCAGCUUAGGUGAAUAUAACUCGGUUUAUGACGUUCUUCGCCAUUUUCGCUCCUAGUUCGUGCCGGAGCUCUAAUUAUGUCCGACGCAGGUGGAGUGGGCAUAGCGAACAUGAUCAAGAAGCUGGAGAGGGAUGAGUACAUGGGUUUCGAGAAUCUAUGCUACCACUAG